CGAUGCGGAUUGGUCUAUACGGCCUGUCCUUCAGGUGAGGGGCACAGCCAACAGCAGGCUGCUGGGACUAAAGCUCAGAUAUGAACUCCCUGGAACAGGCCGAAGACCUGAAGGCCUUUGAGAGAAGAUUGACAGAAUAUGUCUCAUGUUUGCAACCUGCAACCGGCAGGUGGAGAAUGAUUCUGAUAGUGGUGUCCGUCUGUACGGCUACUGGGGCUUGGAACUGGUUAAUAGACCCCGACACACAGAAGGUCUCUUUCUUUUCAUCGCUAUGGAAUCAUCCCUUCUUCACCAUCAGCUGCAUCACUCUCAUAGCUCUUUUCUUUGCUGGGAUACACAAACGAGUUGUGGCACCAUCAAUUAUUGCUGCCCGCUGUCGGACAGUUUUAGCAGAAUACAACAUGUCCUGUGACGAUACGGGGAAACUUAUUCUCAAGCCACGACCCAACAUCCAGUAACCACAAGCUUGAGUGGGGGGGGGGAUCACACAGUGUACUCCGUCAUUGUUGAUAGCGACUGACCACUCGGCGUCUUGAGGCCUUUGGGUGGUCUGAACAGCACCAAGGGGAGCAGCACUGAGGCAUUGGAAUGCGUUUGGAAGAAAGAAGAAAUGAACUGAAAGGGCCUUUUAACAGAGUCGCUGAGCUGACGUGAAGCUGCUGAUCUGCUCACAUGAUAUAUUUUACUCCUUCAGUGUGAGUUCAGGUGUAUUCAUCUCUGUUUCUGAUGCUGAGCAUGUGUUUUAUCUAAAUGUUUCUAUUUUUUAAAGAUAUUUACCUAAUAAAUACUUAAGGUGUCGAAA